AGGCGGAGCCGCCGCCGCUGCCGCCGCAGCCCCGUCCGGGAUUUGAAAGAUUAAAAACUCCCCGUGGAGAGGGCGGCGGUGUUGGAUGAGUGGCGGAAGCGCUGGGGGCCACGGCUCGGCGCGCGGCCGGACAGCCGGCGGCGUCUCCUCACCAUGAAUUAUCCGGGCCGCGGAUCCCCGCGGAGUCCGGAGCAUAACGGCCGGGACGGCGGCGCCUGGGACCUGAGUCCGGACUCGGCGACGGCGUUCGGCGCCGGCGGCAUCUGCUGCUUCGAGCACCUGCCCGGCGGGGACCCGGGCGACGGGAGCGUGCCGCUGGCCCUGCUGCGCGGGGAGGCCGCCUUGCACCUGGCGCCGGGCGCCGAGGACCUCAACCACCUGGCGCUGGACGCCUGCUUCAGCGACGAGAACUACGACUUCAGCUCGGCCGAGUCGGGCUCCUCGCUGCGCUACUACAGCGAGGGCGAGAGCGGCGGCGGCGGCAGCUCGUUGUCCCUGCACCCGCCCGCGCCGGCCUCGCUCGCUCCGGCCGACUCGGGGGGUGGCGGGGGCGGCGGGGGUGGCGGAGGCGGCGGGGGUGGCGGGAGCGCGGCGGGCGGGGGCUCUGGGGAGAGGAAGCGCCCCCGGCCCAGCGGCCCCGCCGCCCGGCACCGCUACGAGGUGGUGACGGAGCUGGGCCCCGAGGAGGUGCGCUGGUUCUACAAGGAGGACAAGAAGACCUGGAAGCCCUUCAUCGGCUACGACUCUCUGCGCAUCGAGCUCGCCUUCCGGACUGUACUGCAGGCCUCGGGCGCCCGGCCUGGAGUCCAGAACCGGGAUGGCGACCCGGCGUGCGGCCGGGCCUCCAGCUCCGGAGAGGAAGACGACGAGGAUCGCGCCUGCGGCUUCUGCCCGCGCGCGGCGGCGGGACAGGAGCCCGAGAUGGAGGAGCUGGUGCAGAUCGAGCCGGUGUGCGUGCGGGGCGGCCUCUACGAGGUGGAUGUCACCCAGGGAGAGUGCUACCCGGUGUACUGGAACCAGUCUGAUAAAAUACCAGUGAUGCGUGGACAGUGGUUUAUUGAUGGGACUUGGCAGCCUCUAGAAGAAGAAGAAAGCAAUUUAAUUGAGCAAGAACAUCUCAAUUGUUUUAGGGGUCACCAGAUGCAGGAAAAUUUUGAUAUUGAAAUGUCAAAAUCCAUAGAUGGAAAAGAUGGCAGUGGGAUCAACUAUUCUGUUGUCUACCACCUCCCUCCCUUCUCCCUCCCUUCAUUGUUCAAAUGGAGAGGAUAUAAGGAGAGUACAGAUGCGGCAGGUCUUAAACGAAAGCGUUCCCAAGCUAUCCAUAGUUUCAAAUUGAGUCGAAACCACGUGGACUGGCACAGUAUGGAUGAAGUAUAUCUUUAUAGUGAUGCAACCACAUCUAAAAUUGCAAGAACAGUUACCCAAAAGCUGGGGUUUUCUAAAGCAUCAAGUAGUGGGACCAGACUUCACAGAGGCUAUGUGGAAGAAGCCACUUUAGAAGACAAGCCAUCCCAGACCACCCAUAUCGUGUUUGUUGUUCAUGGUAUUGGGCAGAAAAUGGACCAAGGAAGAAUUAUCAAAAAUACAGCCAUGAUGAGAGAAGCUGCAAGAAAAAUAGAAGAAAGGCAUUUUUCUAAUCAUGCAACACAUGUUGAAUUUCUGCCUGUUGAAUGGCGAUCAAAACUUACUCUUGAUGGAGAUACUGUUGACUCCAUUACUCCUGAUAAAGUUCGAGGUUUAAGGGACAUGCUAAACAGCAGUGCAAUGGACAUCAUGUAUUAUACUAGUCCCCUUUAUAGAGAUGAACUAGUUAAAGGCCUUCAGCAAGAACUGAAUCGAUUGUAUUCCCUUUUCUGUUCUCGGAACCCAGACUUUGAAGAAAAAGGGGGUAAAGUCUCAAUAGUGUCCCAUUCCUUGGGAUGUGUAAUCACUUAUGACAUAAUGACUGGCUGGAAUCCAGUUCGACUCUAUGAGCAGUUGCUUCAGAAGGAAGAAGAGUUGCCUGAUGAACGGUGGAUGAGUUAUGAAGAAAGACAUCUUCUUGAUGAACUCUAUAUAACAAAACGACGGCUGCGGGAAAUAGAAGAACGGCUACAUGGAUUGAAGGCAUCAUCCAUAGCACAAACACCUGCCUUAAAAUUUAAGGUUGAGAAUUUCUUCUGUAUGGGAUCCCCACUAGCAGUCUUUUUGGCAUUGCGUGGCAUUCGACCAGGAAGCACUGGAAACCAAGACCAUAUUUUGCCUAGAGAGAUUUGUAAUCGGUUACUAAACAUUUUUCAUCCUACAGAUCCAGUGGCUUAUAGAUUAGAACCAUUAAUUUUGAAACACUACAGCAACAUUUCACCUGUCCAGAUCCACUGGUACAAUACUUCAAAUCCCCUACCUUAUGAGCAUAUGAAGCCAAGCUUUCUCAACCCAGCAAAAGAAUCUACCUCAGUUUCAGAGAAUGAAGGCAUUUCAACCAUAACAAGCCCCGUGACCUCACCAGUUUUACAGCGCCGACACUAUGGAGAAUCCAUAACUAACAUAGGCAAAGCAAGCAUAUUAGGGGCUGCUAGCAUCGGAAAGGGACUUGGAGGAAUGUUGUUCUCAAGAUUCGGACGUUCGUCCACAUCACAGCCGUCUGACCCAUCAAAAGACUCAAUGGAAGAGGAGAAGAAGCCGGUUUCUUCACCUCCUACUACCACUGUGGCAACCCAGACACUUCCACAUAGCAGUUCUGGCUUUCUUGAUUCUGCAUAUUUCAGACUUCAAGAAUCGUUCUAUUAUCUCCCACAACUUCUUUUUCCGGAAAAUGUAAUGCAGAAUAAAGAUAAUAGCCUCGUGGAACUGGAUCACAGAAUUGAUUUUGAGCUCCGAGAAGGCCUGGUGGAGAGCCGCUACUGGUCAGCUGUCACGUCGCACACUGCCUAUUGGUCAUCUUUGGACGUGGCCCUCUUUAUGUUAACUUUCAUGUAUAAACAUGAGCACAAUAAUGAUGCGAAACCCAAUUUAGACCCAAUCUGAACUCUUGAAGGACAUUAAUGGCCCAAAACUGAUUUUUUUCUGUUAAAAUGUGUAUGUCAAGAUAUGGAGAUUCCAGGAUUAAGUAUGUUCCAGUUUUGUUUCGGGAAAGAAAUGUUUGAAUUUAAAAGCACUUUAUUUUUUAAAAAGAAAACAAAUUUUCAGUCCAAAAGAAGUUACUUACAGUUUCCAUCAUUUUGACUAUCAAUCUGACACCAACUGCAGUGAUUAUCAACCACAGAAUUUCACAUGAAACAACACCUGCUUGUGAGGAAGGCGUGGAUGUUACCAUCACAACCUAAUUUCUGCAAAGUAUAAAGACAUAUUGAUGUUUUGAAAUCUGACACAUAAACCUAAACUGUUAUAAGUCCAAAAUGGCAAAGGUCCAGUGUAUCCUAGCUAAAGAUUAUAAGAGAUCAUUGUUCAGAUUUCCACGAAAGUUUCCAUUUCCAUAAUUCUUUUGAAAGAAGAAUAUAACAGAUUUUAAAUGUUCUAAAUUUAACUUGUUUCGAAACUAAUGCUAAAACAAUAACAACUGAACUUACUGUAUUUAUAAAUUAUUUGACUAAAUGCUUUAUUUCACUGUUUGAAACAUUACAUUUUUUUAAUGUUUCCUUUGAACAAACUGAAGAACCACAUUUAUUUUCUUUAGUAUGAAGAUCCUUUUUCUCCAUCUUUGUACUCUUCAGAUGAAUACAUGACACUGUGGUGGUCGGUAUUUUUUUGUUAGAAACUUGUGGCGUCACACAACUCUAGUUCACUUAUUUAAAAUAAAGAUGAACUUUUUAUUAUGUCACAUGUACCUCAGAAACAGCUAAAUUUUUUUCUAAACUUGACCGAGUGCUCCACAGUGGUGGUACGUUUCAUUAACUUUACUAGGAAAUUAGAAAAAAAAAAUCUUUGGAAUAGGAAAUACAACAACUAUUUGAAAUGCAUUAAUAUUUGUGUGCCAAACAGUUAAGAUCCAUGAAGUGCUGGAGUGCUACUAACAUUUUAUCUCGAUGUGAUGGAAGAAAGCAUGGAAGCCCAGCACAAGCAGCGGCGCUGGGUGCUGGAAGGGCUUCCUCAGUGUCAUUGUCCCCACAGUGCUUUCAUCUGAGGAGCUCAAAGUGCUUUAAAGGUGUCCCUUCAAUAGUCUCUGUAUACUAGCUCCUAGAGGUAAGUAAAAGUGUUGUUUUCCUGUAACACGUUAAUGCGUCGAGGCACCGAGAGGUUAUGUGCCUUGUGUUCGAUCACAUAGCAUAAUCAACAAAGCUUUGGAUUGAAGCCAGACUUCUCUGUGGUGUUUAGUAACUGAUGGUUUACAUGCAACUUGUGGACUGCAGACAACUGAAAGUGGUGAAAUGACCAUGAAGCCCAUAUGUUACCUGUGUGUACACUCUCGGGUUCUCAUACACAAAGGAAGAGUUAAGUAGCCAUCUCUGCCACAAGCAGCCCUCACUUCUGAGUGGGUUCCACUAGCUUCCACUCAAGGUGCUGUCUUUACUUAGCUUUAGCUCACAAGGAAGAAAUCAUUUUUUUCAGGCAGUACUGGGGAUUGAACUCAGACCCUGUGCUUGCUUGACAAGCACUCACUGAGCCAUACCCUCAGCUCUGCCCGGAAUGUCUUAGCCUCCCAGUAAUCAUUGUCAAAUGGAAGUAGAGUUGACCAGGCACCCACCUUCCCCGCUCCUUUCUUAAUAAUGAAGUAGAGACUGGCUUAUUUCUAGGUUCUACUCCAUACCAUCAGUACUGUUGGAUGUUUUGGCCUUCCAUUGAAUUUGCACAACAUAAAGAGCACUUCUUAAUGUUUAAAAAAUUCUUAAGUCUCUAUGGUCAAGCACAUGACUCAUUAAGAAACCCUUGCUAUAAAAGGCUUUUGAUGAGAUCUUAGCAAAGCUGAAGCAAUCUCUUGAAUUUAGAGAUUCCUAUGAACUCAGGUCAUUUUCAUACCCUGUUUAUUUUGUAGGUCUAAUUUAGUUCUCAGGAAAAUUAAACCUAUGUUGUAUGACUGUGUCACUAAGGGUACUUGAAAACAUGUUGCUAUAGGUGUUGUGAUACUCAAAUGCCUAAGACCUGGAAAGGAUUCCUUCUUAACCACUGGAACAUGAAGAGACCACUUUACCUUAGAAGCAUAGAAUCCUAUCACGAAUUUUCAUUUGUUAUCAUUGAGUAAAAAGAAAAGUGUGUUUCCAUGCCCAAAAAGAAUAUAUCUGCUUCCUUUUCUUCAUAUUGAGGAAACAUUGAUUUGAAUUCCUGGAAAGAGCUAUGUUCAGUUCCCCUCCCCUUUCAAAAUAGAUGUUUGAACUACUGGACCAGUGUGUUUCUAAUUCGUUAUUUCAUCAAUAGAGAUGGUGGUUUUUGGAUUUACAAUGCUCUUGUUUUGUGUCUCUGCAUGUGAUCAUGGGAUGUACUUGUAUAUUCUCAAGUAAUAUUCAGAGUGUGUGAUUCUGGCUCGAUUUAGAAGCUAAGUCAGUUACUGAGUAACAUUUUGCAACUUUAUUCAGCAACUACUAAAUUGGCCAAAAGAAGUUGUGUUUUUGAUACUAUUAAAAUUUUAUUCUCUACUUUGUGUACAUGGAA